UACUAAAACAAAAAACUCUAUUUCUCUCUCAACAUUAUAAUCUUUGAUAAAACUAUAUGUUAUAACAUUUUAUCCCAAAGUUUAUAUUUUUAUUGUUUUAAUUUCUUGAAAGAACAUGGGGAGACAACCUUGUUGUGACAAAAAUGAAGUGAAAAAAGGUCCAUGGUCAUCUGAGGAAGACAAGAAACUCACUAAUUUCAUCCUUAAUAAUGGCCAAUGUUGUUGGAGAUCUCUCCCUAAACUUGCAGGGCUGUUGAGAUGUGGAAAGAGUUGUAGAUUGAGAUGGACAAAUUAUCUAAGACCAGAUUUGAAAAGGGGACUUUUAUCAGAAUAUGAAGAAAAAAUGGUUAUUGAUCUUCAUGCUCAACUUGGCAAUAGGUGGUCUAAGAUUGCUUCUCAUCUACCAGGAAGAACUGAUAAUGAAAUCAAGAAUCAUUGGAACACACAUAUCAAGAAGAAACUCAAGAAAAUGGGGAUUGAUCCAAUCACUCACAAUCCAAUUACUAGUGACCAACCAACAAAAAAUCAAACAAUUAUUCAACAAGAAAAACAAGAAGAAAAUAAGAACAUUGGUACAACAACAACACUAAUUACGCCUCAGUCUCAAACAAAUUUGAAUCAGCAAGAAAACGAGAACAUUGGGACAUGUCCAAAAAACAUCAACUCAAUUGAUGAAGUCAUGAAUAAUAACUUUUGUACUAAUGAAGUCCCCUUAAUUUCACCAAAAGAAGUUUUAGUCCCUCAUGAAUCAACAACAUCAUCAACAUCUUCAUUUUCUUCUCAAUCAUCCAUCAAUAUUCUUGAAGACCUUUUGCCAAAUUGGCAAUGUGAUUUCAACAUGGAAAUUAGUUGGGCAGAUGAUGAUUUCAGUAGCACUUUGGAUUAUUUAUUCAAUGAUGAUGAUGUUAGUGACAUGAACAACACCACCAUUUCCCAAGAUUGGUCACAAGUGUUGGAAGUUUGAAAUAGCUAGCACACUACUAAAAAAAAUCGAAAUUUUCAAUGAACAUUCCAUUGGAACUACGAUAUUUUUUUCCCAUCGAAAAGUUUGUUGAAAACUAAAAUUCACGUUUUUUUUAGUAGUGACCGUUGUUAACUUCUUGUGAUUAAUUUUUUAAAGGAGAGCAAAAUUAAGCUCUUUCUUUUAAUUGGCCAGUCAACUUUUCUUUUUGUAUUGUCUAUAGAAGUUUAGAUGGUAAAGUUGUUACUAUAGUUCAUGGACAAUAAAAAAAAAACAUGUUUAUGGAGAUAAAAAGCUUCAUCAAAUAUUUAUGUUAAGGAUGAUAAUACAAAAGUGUACAACUCUUUUCUAAACUUUAGUGUUAUUUUCUUUAUAUCAA